AUGACUACCAUCUACGAAGAGAAUGAUCCAAAUUCUUUGGAGCUUGUGGAAGGUCUUGGUCAAGAUAACGGUCAAGAGGAGUUCGACUUCUCCUACCUGUUUUUGUACAACCCAUCUGAGGAUGACUUUCGCGGGAAUGAAGGUAAGGGUGCGAACAUUUUCCAUAGGUAAGUGCAAUCAAUAUGUUCCGACAAAUCUUUUGGUGUUAAAAUAAUAAAGGUUUAAAUUGGAGUUUAUAACAUUUUUAUUCAGAAUUUACAAAACAAAAGUAGCCUUAUCAUGUAAUCAUAUUUUGUACACUACUCAGAAAAGGCUACAGUCACAAAACGAAAUGUAAAAUAGAUUUCAAUUAGCUUUUUCUUGCUUGUACAAAUCCAUGGUUUUGUGAUUGAGUUUAUAUUUAGCCAGGUUGAACCAGUGGUGAAUGAUGGAGUCACUCCGUCAAUUUAAAACACAUGCUAUUUUGGGAACAUGUUUCCUAUUAUUGCUUGGAAUUGCCUGAUGUCCAUAAAAAAAUAUUUGGUAACAAAAUUCGUAAGAACAAAAAAUAUUGUCACUAAAAUGGCAGGCGUAUGGUAAUUAGUAAAACAAAAAUAAAUCCCAUUCUGAUCCUGAAAUGGUGCAAUCCAUGAUGCACUCCCCUAAAUGAGUACUCCCUUCAUUCUUCCAUAUUCUUUACAGACAACUCAAGGGUUCUCCCUCACGAUGGUCACAACCCUCCAUCUAUGGUGCCCUACCCUUGUGAUGACAGUUCCAGUUGUGCCCCUACAACCUCCAGCCAGUCCUCCUACUACCAUGGGCCUGUCACUGACUGCCUGUCUGGGCCUGGGUUUAACUCGCUGGAUUUCCCCUCCAGGCCAGGGGGUGCUCCCUCCCCCAGCCCUAGGAUUGAGAUCACCCCGUCUGGGGACCCUUACCGGACUCAGCCCCUGGAUGCCAGCCCCAGAUCCACGGCCCUGACUGUGCCUGGCUAUGAGAACACAGCCUAUCGAGAGCCCCAGUGCCUAAGCCCUGCCAGCAGCAACUCCUCUACAGGCUGGCUGUCCGAGGCCUGCUCUCCCCGGGCCUCGCCUUGUGUAUCUCCUAGUGGUGGUGGUGGUGGUGGGGGCGCGGUGGGCUUGACCACCUCGGACCACCUCCAGGGCAUCAACAUGUCCUCGGCUCACUCCUCCCCAGGGACCUCCCCGCGCACCAGCAUCACAGAGGAGACGUUCCUGGUACUGCAAAGUCAGCGGUCAUCCUCCCCCCACUCCCAUACUCACCCGCGCUCUCGUUCCGCCUCUCCCCAGGGCAAACGCACCUACGACCAGUACAGCGCCCCCAGCCUGGGGACCACCAGCAAGCAGCAGCUCUCCCGGAGCCCCAGCCCCUCGCCCCACCACCCCCAAGGACCCCAGGCCCAGGCUGACCCCCAGGCCAAUGCCUCUCAGCAGGCUCCCAGCCUUGAAGAGGGGUUGAGCAGCCUCAGCUCCAGCCUCAGCUCCAGCCUGCCCAGGGCGGUGCCCUCCAAGAUAGUGCGGCCCAGUGUGGAGUGCUAUACGUACAGAGAGAGCCAGGGGGAUGGCUGUGUGCAUCCCAUGGAGCAGGGGAGGAGAGGCAGAGCUGGGGCUGAGACCUACAUCCUCCCCACAUCUGUUUGGCCAGUUCCACUAGCCCACGGAGCCUUCAGGUAUAAUGUGCUACGGGAAUGAUGAUCCCUCAUAAGAAUGACUCUGUAAUUACAGGCUAUGUACAGAAGCAGUAUUAGGAAAACCUUAUUUCAUUUGAAAUUGUGAUUUCAUGUUCUGAUAUGUGAUCUGUAAUUUUGUGUGUGUGUUAUGGCAGGAAAUGUUACACUAAUGAUCUAACUCCGCUAUAACCAUUGAAAUCUCUCUCUCUCUCCCCUCUUCAGUAGCAUCUCUGUGCCAUCUCUGCCCCCUCUAGAUUUGCAAUUGCCCAGUCACUCAGACCAGUAUGAGCUCUGUCUGGAGCAGCAGCCUAAACAGCACCACCGUGCCCACUACGAGACAGAGGGCAGCAGGGGGGCAGUCAAAGCACCCGGCGGAGGACACACUGUGGUUCAGGUACUGGGGGAGGGGGAGUGGGAAUGUGUGUGUGUCUGUGUUAAAUCUAGGUAUGUGGGGAUGGUUGUUGACAAUGUGCCUGUGUGGAUGUUUGAGUGUGUAAAUGUAUAGUGCAGCUUGUACUCCCGUGUGUAUAAAUGUGUCUGUGGUGGUAUUUCCUUGUCAUUAUGUCACCCUGUCUGUCUCAGCUGCACAGCUACAAUAUGUAAAUAAACAUCCUUGUAUCAGCCUGCAUUAUUAGGACUACACCCAUUCAACCACAAAACCAGCACAGCACAGUUAAACCAACAUAGGGCGUUUUCACACUUGAAGUUCGGUACCUUGGUUCGGUUUCUUCGAGUUUUUGUGAGAAUUCAACAAAAUAAGUUUAGCUUUUACAAGACCUGACGAUAACCGUUUCAGGGUAGGAUUUGCGAGAUGCUCAUUCUACAUGACGUAAGCAAGCUAGCUUGUUUAUAACGGGUAAAAAGUUACAUGCGACUUGUGCUGCCGCCUCACAAUACCUAGUACGCUGGUCUUGGAUCUUGGACACGUUACUCACGCAUGCUUAUUAGCGCAGAUCAGGGUACCAAAGACUCUUGGAUCCAGAUCAUACAGGUGAUACGUGAAAGCUCCCAUACUCUCAUGUACUCUUCUUUACAACAAGUUACUACAAUGUUCUAUUCAAGUAGUUUGAGAGGACGCGCCCUAAGUGAAAGGAGAGGAAGACUCCCUGUUGAAAUAAAAGUUAAAUAAAUGAAAGCAAAUGGCUUAGUUUAGUAAGUUGUUUUGUGAUCUAGCAUCUCACACUCAAAACCUGCUGGAAUUUCCCUCCUUUACUGACAAAUGUUUUCCAUGUAAAGGUGAACACUUUCAACUUCUCAUCCCCAGCAGGCUCUCUAGCAAUUGAGCCUUUGAUCGAGGUUAACGUUCAGCUUCAUAUUGGUGGAAAAUCCACCAAUAUGAAGUAGUAGAUAGUUCAGAGACAUAUUGACUAAGCCAUUUUGUUUUUGAUGUAUAGUUACUAACGGAGUGAGCGGUCUUCUCAUUCCGUGACGUGAAAGCCAAGGCAUUUCUGGGUCCAGGGCAACAGUAGCGAUGCUAACCAUCUGCUAAUCAUUAGCCAUCUGCUACAUAUGCAAAUAAUUAUGUCGGGAGUUGGCCUUUCGUAACCUAUGAAGUCAUUUUCCUUCAUGAUGUAACAGACAAGAACUGUGAUAUUGUUGGAGGUAUUUAACCCUCGAUGAUCCCUAAGUAAUUAUAGAUGUCUCCGAUUUCAACAGUUUAAUAUUUUGAUGAGUAGGUGUCUAGAAUGAAUUGUUCUACUGUGGAUUACACAUUAGAAUGAGGUGCACAGUUCAAAUUAUCAAAAUUAGUCAGAGAUAUGAUUAUUUACCAUCAUGUAUAAAAGCUGAAGGAAUGCUGUGCAGUACAGGGGACACAGUAUCGAUUUCAACUUCCGAAAAAUCGAAGUAUGUCAGAUGUUUUUUUACCUUAAAAAGCAGUCUAAUGUCCACAUCCUAUGUCAUUGAUUGUGUAGAUCCAGCUUUGCCUCAACCCCAGAUGAAUGGAAAAGAAAGCACCGGGUAAGAUUUGGAAAAUAAAUGGUGCUUAUCAUUUCUAUUUAUUCUGGGUUGUGGCAUAUAGGUGGAUAUAUACAAUAGCUGGCUUGGGAUGUGGACUUAUCUCAACAUAAGACCAGUAUUGACGUCUGAAAACAUCUGUCAAACUUUGGUUUUGGAAUAUAAUGUCCCUUUAAAUAUCGAAUCCGCAUUAGGAGAAACAGAAACCCUGUUCGCCCCAGCACUUUUGUUGUUGUUUUUGUUCUGUGGUUGAAACGGAGGAGAAACUGAGGAGAAACUGAGGAGAGGAGCCUCCGGCAAAGUGCAAAAAAAUGUGCAGUACAUGUUCUGCUGUUCUAUUGCACAUGCAAUGAUGUCGGGGGGGGGGGGGGGGGGGGGGGGGGGGGACAGUGUUCGUUGUUUGCGGUAACUUCUUUGUUGUUGUAAUAUCCCAAACGGACGUGGCAGAUUCCAGCUUUAAUGGUAAAACUGUUUGUUUGUUUGUUGACAGCUUCAUGGGUACAGAGGCACAGCUCCACUGGGUCUGCUGGUGUUCAUCGGAACGGCUGACAAGAGGCUCCUCAAGCCCCAUGCCUUCUACCAUGUGCACCGCAUUAUGGGCAAAACCGUCACCACCCCCAGCAAUGAGAUAAUGGUCAAUGGCACCAAGGUCCUGGAGAUCCCUCUGGAGCCCAAGAACAACAUGAGAGCAGUGUAUGGAGAGCAGUCACAUUAGAGACAGUACAGUGUACACACACACACACACACGUUUUCAGAGCUAGGUUAUGAAAUAAUUAAUCAAAUAAAAUGUUCACUUCCCAUGUAAAGGAUUGACUGUGCUGGGAUCCUAAAGCUGAGGAACGCUGACAUCGAGCUGAGGACAGGAGAGACCGACAUCGGACGGAAGAAUACCUGUGUCCGUCUGGUCUUCCGGGUCCAUAUUCCCCAUCCAGGAGGACAGUAUGUCUCUCUUCAAGUGGCCUCCCUUCCCAUCGAGUGUUGUAAGUUAACUUUUGUUCCAGCAACCUGACUUCUAUAACUACUGCAAAUAAUAAUAAUAAUAAUAAUCUGCAGAGCGAUUUAAUCCAAACAUUUUCUUCAGUAAUGUGUGUUAUAAGGAUUAUAUAACUGGAAUUUAGUAAACUGCCUACCUGUCUAUAUGCCUUCCUGUCUAUUUGAAAUGUUAGUUAUUUUGCUCACAGCCAUUUGCUCGUGCAAAAUGUCACCCUCAGAAUGUGACUCGGGUUCUAAUGUUCUCCUAAUGACGUUUUACUGUGGUUCCACAGCCCAGAGGUCAGCCCACCAGCUUCCCACUGUAGAGCGCCAGGACGUAGACCGCUGCUCGGUUCUAGGGGGACAGCAGAUGAUACUGACCGGACAGAACUUCACCUCUUAUUCCAAGGUGGUGUUCACGGAGAAGACACCUGGUGAGGAAUUUACAAUCAAGCAAUCAAAUAUAUAAAGCCCUUUUUACAUCAGCAGUUGUGCCUUACAGUAACCCGGCCUAGACUCCAAAGAGCAAGCAAAAGCAAGUCAUUGUAUCUAGUAAUGGCGUACUGUACACUACCUUUAGUAAUGUUUGGCUUCAUGGUAGUAAAUUAUAGAAAUGGGCUAAGCCAGGAGGUUGUCGCCUAUUGGCUGCCUCAGACUUUUCUUCGUACAGCAGUAAUCAGCCUUCCACGAGCGUUGGCUUGUAUGAGCCGGAACAGCUCAUAUGCGCAGGAUCUGCGGUUUCUGUAGCAUGAGGCAGUUUGAUGUACAAGUACACCCCCUGGAUAGGACAGGCCUUACCCCCAAUCUAUCGCCGUAAUGCUUAGUGCCAAGCAGCGAUGCACCGGGACCCAUUUUUACAGUCUUUGGUAUGACUCUGCCAGGGAACAAAUCCCAACAUUCCAAUCUCAGACACUCAAACCACAAGGCCACUGAGUUUGUACAGCAGUAGUUGAUAACUAUUUUGAGUUAGUUGUCCUAUUGAGAAGACAAUUUCCAGAACAUUUGCUAUUUUUAAAAACUAUUGGCUCUCUCUUUCUCUUGCCAUUGUGCUCCGUUGUGAUCCAGAAUUACUGUACUGCACGUUCUAAAACCAACCAGCUCAUCUUUGACCUGCUUAGAUUUGUAUGGAUUGCUGGUCUCAAUGGACUGGUCUCCAAGCUCUCUGACAUCACCAUGGCUAUAUAAUGCAAAGCUUUAUUUCUUUGCAUAGCCCAACAUGGAUAAGAUGAUUAACAUCUAGUUUGUUUAUUUGUACUCCCAUCUUGUUUGCAUAUUGCCAAAGAAACCGAUAGUACUGGAGUUAUAGUACAGAGCAGUGAGAUGUCUAGUCUAGUCAUAACCCCCUGACUGAAAUACAGGAAGAGAAACUAGAUAAUAGGAUUAGUGACGCACUACUCCCAAGUUCAAACAGUCACAAAAUAGGGACGCACUGCACAUGCUCAAAUAACUCCGCACAAAUGAAAAAUGACUAGACCAAAAGGUUCUGUAAUAUUCAAGCCUAUGCCAUUUAGGAGACCAUUUUUUCUAAAGCAACCUACAGUACAGUGUAUGUAUGUGAUCCCUGUGGGAAUUGAAGCCAUGAUCUUAGCAUGGCCAGCACUACACUCUUACUAACUGAGCCACAUAGGACCUACUUAUUGCAAUGAUUCAUUUCCAUAAUUGUAUGGUCUUUACAGGAUUAUGAUGCCUCUGUAGAGUGUCACGUAACAAGGUGUGGGUGCAGAAUAGAAGUACCAUUAUGAGUUUGUAAACUGCUCUCUUGUUUACCAUGUGGUUUAGUGCGAGAGGAUGUGGUUAGACAAACAUCGAUACCAUCUUCAAGCAGAGAGAUGUUUUUUGUCUCACUUUACUCAAAACGUGGGCUGUGAGCAGUAGGUCAAAGUUUAGAUGGGAAUAUACUAGAGCAGAGAUGACAGAGAAUCUUUACUGAUACUGCCAACGUGCCAGUUACUGAGAAGAAAAUGUGGGUGGAUAGGGAGUUUUCAUAAAACCUCACUACCUUGAUAGAUUUACAGAUGCUUUCUUAACGUCCUGAGUAUGAAACAUGUAAUUGCUAAGUUUGUUGCUACCACCACAUUACUGGGUUUGUUUGUGCCAUUUGUGAGUUUUGGUCGGAUCUUAAAAGGUUCCAUUUGACUAUAACUACAUCAGCUAGCUCCUGUUUUAGAUACUUGUAUUUAUUUAAUAAAUAUGAUGUUAUUCCAGUUUUACUACUGUAGUUGCCUUCACAUCCCUCUCUGCUAAUUUUUUAGUUUGUUCAUAUCAAUCUCUGCUCUACUCCUAAUAUUUAAUUCAAUGUAUUCCAUUCAUGCUAAUGGUAUACUGCACUUGCAUUGUGUUUCUUUCAGAUGGGCAGCAAAUUUGGGAAGCGGAAGCAUCAGUAGACCGAGACAAAAGCCAAUCAGUGAGUUACCAUCCUAUCACCUUUAUGAAAAGUGACAUUAAAAUACUACUGGCUUUAUAAAGUACUACCUAACUCCUCUUCUACAUAUAUACACUAUAUAUACAAAAGUAUGUGGACACCCCUUCAAAUUAGUAGAUUUGGCUAUUUCAGCCACACCCGUUGCUGACAGGUGUAUAAAAUCAAGCACACCGCCAUGCAAUCUCCAUAGACAAACAUUGAGAGUAGAAUGGCCUUACUGAAGAGCUCAGUGACUUUCAAUGUGGCACCGUCAUAGGACGCCACCUUUCCAACAAGUCAGUUCGUCAAAUUUCUGCCCUGCUAGAGCUGCCUGUCAACUGGAAGUGCUGUUAUUGUGAAGUGGAAAUGUGUAGGAGCAACAAUGUCUCUGCCGCGAAGUGGUAGGUCACAUGAGCUCACAGAACGGGACCGCCGAGUGCUGAAGCGCGUAAAAAUCGUCAGUCCUCAGUUGCAACACUCACUACAGAGUUGCAAACUGCCUCUGGAAGCAACGUCAGCACAAUAACUGGUUCGGGCAAGACCCCUUAGUUCCAGUGAAGGGAAAGCUUAACGCUACAGCAUAAAGUAUUUGAUACACUGCCGAUCUUGCAGGUUUUCCUACUUACAAAGCAUGUAGAGGUCUGUAAUUUUUAUCAUAGGUACACUUCAACUGUGAGAGACAGAAUCUAAAACAAAAAUCCAGAAAAUCACAUUGUAUGAUUUUUAAGUAAUUAAUUUGCAUUUUAUUGCAUGACAUAAGUAUUUGAUACAUCAGAAAAGCAGAACUUAAUAUUUGGUACAGAAACCUUUGUUUGCAAUUACAGAGAUCAUACGUUUCCUGUAGGUCUUGACCAGGUUUGCACACACUGCAGCAGGGAUUUUGGCCCACUCCUCCAUACAGACCUUCUCCAGAUCCUUCAGGUUUCGGGGCUGUCGCUGGGCAAUACGGACUUUCAGCUCCCUCCAAAGAUGUUCUAUUGGGUUCAGGUCUGGAGACUGGCUAGGCCACUCCAGGACCUUGAGAUGCUUCUUACGGAGCCACUCCUUAGUUGCCCUGGCUGUGUGUUUCGGGUCGUUGUCAUGCUGGAAGACCCAGCCACAACCCAUCUUCAAUGCUCUUACUGAGAGGAGGAGGUUGUUGGCCAAGAUCUCGCUAUACAUGGCCCCAUCCAUCCUCCCCUCAAUACGGUGCAGUCGUCCUGUCCCCUUUGCAGAAAAGCAUCCCCAAAGAAUGAUGUUUCCACCUCCAUGCUUCACAGUUGGGAUGGUGUUCUUGGGGUUGUACUCAUCCUUCUUCUUCCUCCAAACACGGUGAGUGGAGUUUAGACCAAAAAGCUAUAUUUUUGUCUCAUCAGACCACAUUACCUUCUCUCAUUCCUCCUCUGGAUCAUCCAGAUGGUCAUUGGCAAACUUCAGACGGGCCUGGACAUGCGCUGGCUUGAGCAGGGGGACCUUGCGUGCGCUGCAGGAUUUUAAUCCAUGACGGCGUAGUGUGUUACUAAUGGUUUUCUUUGAGACUGUGGUCCCAGCACUCUUCAGGUCAUUGACCAGGUCCUGCCGUGUAGUUCUGGGCUGAUCCCUCACCUUCCUCAUGAUCAUUGAUGCCCCACGAGGUGAGAUCUUGCAUGGAGCCCCAGACCGAGGGUGAUUGACCGUCAUCUUGAACUUCUUCCAUUUUCUAAUAAUUGCGCCAACAGUUGUUGCCUUCUCACCAAGCUGCUUGCCUAUUGUCCUGUAGCCCUUCCCAGCCUUGUGCAGGUCUACAAUUUUAUCCCUGAUGUCCUUACACAGCUCUCUGGUCUUGGCCAUUGUGGAGAGGUUGGAGUCUUUUGAUUGAGUGUGUGGACAGGUGUCUUUUAUACAGGUAACGAGUUCAAACAGGUGCAAUUAAUACAGGUAAUGAGUGGAUAACUGGAGGGCUUCUUAAAGAAAAACUAACAGGUCUGUGAGAGACGGAAUUCUUACUGGUUGGUAGGUGAUCAAAUACUUAUGUCAUGCAAUAAAAUGCAAAUGAAUUACUUAAAAAUCAUACAAUGUGAUUUUCUGGAUUUUUGUUUUAGAUUCCGUCUCUCACAGUUGAAGUGUACCUAUGAUAAAAAUUACAGACCUCUACAUGCUUUGUAAGUAGGAAAACCUGCAAAAUCGGCAGUGUAUCAAAUACUUGUUCUCCCCACUGUACAAUGACAUUCUAGACAAUUAUGUGCUUCCAACUUUGUGGCAACAGUUUGGGGAAGGCCCUUUCCUGUUUCAGCAUGACAAUGCCCCUGUGCACAAAGCAAGGUCUAUACAGAAAUGGUUGGUCGAGAUCGUUGUGGAAGAACUUGACUGUCCUGCACAGAGCCCUGACCUCAACCCCAUUGAACACCUUUGGGAUGGAUUGGAACGCCAACUGCGAGCCAGGACUAAUCGGCCAACAUCAGUGCCUGACCUCACUAAUGCUCUUGUGGCUGAAUGGAAGCAAGUCCCCGCAGCAAUGUUCCAACAUCUAGUGGAAAGCCUUCCCAGAAGAGUGGAGGCUGUUAUAGCAGCAAAGGGGGGACCAACUCCAUUUUAAUGCCAAUGAUUUUGGAAUGAGAUGGUCGACGAGCAGGUGUCCACAUACUUUUGGUCAUAUAGUGUAUCUCACACAGCCUCAGUAUAGAGAUAUGGUAUGUCCACAGUCCACACUGUCGCCCGGUGAUACUCUAUGACAAAUGACUGAUGUUCUAUUGUACCAUAUUAUAUCAAGAGCAUGCUGUUUAUCGAGAUCCCUCCAUAUCGAGAUCACACCAUUUAUCACACGGCUAAAGUUAACUUCUAUGUGAUCAACGGGAGGAGGAAACGCAGUCAGGCGCAGCACUUCACCUACACUCCUUUAACAGGUGAGUCCAUCCAUACUCCUUAUAUAUUUUUGUCAUCAUUAGAACUGGAUCCGGCCACACCUUAAAUGGCAGUAACUUUAUCACAAUCCCAUUGCUUACUUAAAGGGAUAGUUCCCCCAAAUUACAAAAUGACAUUGACAAUCAGUGCCACCUCUGCCUAAACGCAGACUAUGUGGCGUGCUGCAUGUAGGAAGUCAGACGGGGUCUGAACUUACUGUUGAGAGAUAGCAUAGUAGAAUACACAACAUGCAAUUUAGAAAUUUGGUAGUGCAACAGCAGUUUUCCUCUUGUUAUGUCAGUCACUGACAGUCAAUAUAUAAUUUUGUAAUUUGGGGGAACUAUCCAUUUAACUUGUUUUUAGCGCCAACUGUCAUUUAAAACUCAGAUCAUCCAAAUUCUAAUUCUGAUUUACUGUUCUUUUCAGUUCCCUCCAUUAAAACGGAACCCGUAGAUGACAUCCAGUUUGGCCAGCUGGGUUGUACUGUGUCCCAGAUCCUAGGAGUGUCACCCAAGUCCUACCACCACACCCCCAGUAGCCAUCUCAACCCUAAUAGCCACAAGGCUGGCAUGACAACCUUGGUAUCCUGCCAGCAGGUGAGCCUCCACGACUCCAUUGUCAGAGUGUCAGCCUAUCAACAACAAGACCCAUCUGUCUAUUACCCCAGUAAAAGCAGAAGCCUGGGUAGCAGCCCUGUUCUGUAUCAAGAAAUGCACCACCACCACCACCACCCAGUGAUGACCCACUGUGGCUCGCCAUCUCAGAUGUCGAAUAUCGGUAGCCAGCACUACUCCACCCUAGUCUCCCAACCUUUCCACCCCUCUCACUCUGCCACCAAUCAGCGAGUUGUCAACAUUGCAGUCCCGUUGGCCCAACACCAGCAUGUCACCAUGGUGGGUGAUGUGUACCGGGCUGCAGCUUCAUCAUGGAAGGUUGGUGCCGCGCCAGAGGCCUGUUCAUCAGAAGGCCAGUACCAGGGUUUCAUGCAGAUGGUGGUGCCGGUCUUGGGCAGGUCUCCACAACUAUCACCACGACAUAGCCCUACCCUGGCCCAGAGGGGUCCAAUAACAGGGAGCCAGAGUGGGCCAGUCCUGGAGAAGGUGACGGUCAAGCAAGAAAACCUGAACCAAGCCUAUCUGGAUGAUGGUGAGUGA